CCCAAGCUCAGCUGUCUCUGUCUGUCUGUCUGUCUGUCUGUCUGUCUGUCUGUCUGUCUGUCUGUCUGUCUGUCUGUCUGUCUGUCUGUCUGUCUGUCUGUCUGUCUCUGUCUCUGUCUCUGUCUCUGUCUCUGUCUCUGUCUCUGUCUCUCUCUCUCUCUCUCUCUCUCUUUCUGUCUCUCUCUCUCUUUCUGUCUCUCUCUCUCUUUCUGUCUCUCUCUCUCUCUCUCUCUCUCUCUCUCUCUCUCUCUCUCUCUCUCUCUCACAUGACACGCGUGACUUUAACACAUUCCUGUCCAAUGACAUCUCCUCACCAACCCUGCGCGCACAGGGAGCCCAUCCGGCGCGCUCCCUCUCUCCCCUCUCGGUAAUCAGUCUGUCCUCUCCCCACAACGCACAAACCGAAGCAGGGAGGAAUCUGUAUGCGAAAUGGAGAGUGAGAGAAAGAGCUCCAUCGGGAGCUGGUGAAGAAUAUUUAUGUAUUCUAUACAUUUUCUAUCUCUCUCCCACCAUUCUCUUCGGGUCUGGGUCGAUAUUCCCGGCAGGGGAUCGUUUUGAGUUGAAGGCACUCAAAACCGAGAUGUAUCGACCUUUCCUGGAUAUAAGAACGUGAGUGGCGCGCGAGAAGGAACCGGGAGUGAACCGGUGUGCCCCUUGCCUACCCUUUCUCUGCCCGCGUUCCAACCAAGACAUUACAGCGCGCUAAGGAGCCACUUGGAUCAACCUUAUAAACUUUACCAAUUAUACCAAGUAGCCAAUCAAUUUGCAUAGCGGGCGAUUGUCACUUCCAGAUAGGCUACUCUGGUGUUUACGGUAAUAACUCUCAUUGAAGAAAUCAGAGGAUUCAAAUUGUUAAUGAUAUCAGAGGAAUUCCGUCCUCAUAAUCUCAUCGCUACGGCCGGAGAAGCUCCUGCAUGGCGGUUUAGUCCUACAUCACCGGUAACGAGACUAGACAACCUAUGGUGAUUUUGAGUGACUUAGACAUACAUGGAUAUGCGAAGUUCAGUUCUGCGGCUUAAGGACAGGCGGCAUAUGGCCUGUUAGCGCGGCGGAUUUAGUGUCAAAACAACACCGCCUCUAUAGAGCGCGUCCUCCCUGGGAGAGAGUGGACAGAGCAAACAAAGCCUGAGGAAUGCGGGCUCUGUUUCCCUGGAUCUCCAUCUCACCUGCGGGGACUCUACGCGGAACACACCAAAUUGAACGUUGACCGGGUGGACGGCCGUUGACGCGAGAGGUCAUGUUGAGACAAAUCCUGCUGAAUUCCACCAACGCGCUAGACUUCGACCUAGGGAUGGCCCUCCAGACGCACGAGACCGUGUCCGUUAACGCAUCUCACGGAUCGGUGAACAUGGCGGCGCUGCUCAGGCCCACGGGCAGCAGGGGCGGGAUGCGGGAGGACGGGGAGCUGAACAAACCUGACCUGGCCACCUACUUGAUAAUAUGUCUGUUGCUGUUUCUGCUCGUGCUGCUCAUCGUUUUCUUCAUCAACUGUCAGCUGAGGAACUCUUUCUUCGCCUCCAUGCCCUACGAUCGGUCUCUCAGAGAGGCCCGGACCUCCUACAAGUAGAACCCGAUUCCAACUCAGCUGGUAAUGUCUGUAGGAUUAGGUAACGUGUGUUAUGAAUGUGUUCAUGGAGGGAUGUGUUAUAUUGACUAUGCAUAGUCCAGACGCUGUGCGUAACCGUUACGUGUUCAUUUGGCACAAUGACAUAGAGACCUAUUACGCUCCCUUUUCCAAACGGGGCUAAAUGUCAUUACGUGUAGGUCUAUAUAAUGGUGUAUGUUUUUUGUUUGUUUUUGAACAUAAAACAUUUUAUAUUACAUCGCUGUAAUGCGCUCUUAUGUAUAUCUAUUGUGUAAUUCUGAGCUUAAAGUUUCAUUAUUUGUAUUGUAUAAAACUAUGAUUAAAUAUAUUAUAUUUGUCCAUCUAGUUCAAUAUGGCUAUAUGAAAGUCGUAGGGUGAUGAGGAUGAUGAUGAUGAUGAUGAUGAUGAUGAUGAUGAUGAUGAUGAUGAUGGGGUGACACGGAUUGAUAGAUGAAUAUCCAAGACAAGAGGUUUCAUGAAUGCAAUCCCUGUAUAUUACGCGCUUUCAUUUAUUUUUUAAUCAAGCCGACACUCACAAUUUACUAGUGUAAUUGCUCGCAGAACAAAUGGUUUACGCUGAUAUACAUCGCCCAAGACAAAUUGACUAUCCUUUUACCCAGAGGCCUCGCUGUCUACGCCGACUCCACUCAAUAUGUUGUUCCAGAAUACCUUUGAUGGAGAAUGAGAUACAUGUCUCCAUAUCCACUAGAUGCCGAGACAGUUCUGUGUGUGUGUGUGUGUGUGUGUGUGUGUGUGUGUGUGUGUGUGUGUGUGUGUGUGUGUGUGUGUGUGUGUGUGUGUGUGUGUGUGUGUCUGUGUGUGUGUGUGUGUGUGUGUGUGUGUGUGUGUGUGUCUGUGUGUGUGUGUGUGUGUGUGUGUGUGUGUGUGUGUGUGUGUGUGUGUGUGUGUGUGUGUGUGUAGUGCAGGUUUACCUUGAACGAAUUCCUCAGCCAGCCUAGAUAAAGACAUUUUCAUGGAUUUGAGCACAUGGGUAGGAUUAUUAUUUCAUGGAAAUUGCUGUGAGUUUUGAAGUGAAAAUAAAAGUCGACAACGCAUCAUUUGGAGGCCUGCCCUUCCUGGAUUUGGGUCGACGGGGUCGGCAUAUUCUGAAGGAAAGAUAAAGACAUAUUGUGGAAGGAUAGACCACAGCUAAUGCUGCCUAUACUCUAACGUAGCACCAUACUCAGUGAUGUAAAGUACUUAAGUAAAAAUACUUUAAAGUACCACUUAAGUGGUGUUUUGUGGUAUCUGUACAUUAUUUUACUAUUUAUAUUUUUGACAACUUUUACUUCACUACAUCCUAAAGUAUGAAUGCUUAGCAGGACAGAAAAUGGUCAAAUUCAAGCACUUAUCAAGAGAACAUCCCUGGUCAUCUCUACUACCUCUGAUCUGGCGGACUCACUAAACACAAAUGCUUUGUUUCUGAAUGAUGUCUGAGGGUUGGAGUGUGCCCAUGGCUAUCCGCAAAUAAAAAAACACGAACAAUUGUGCCAA